UGUUUGUUGGUUUCUAGCUGGAUUGGUUUUGAGCACCAUGGUUUUGAGGGGCAGCAGUUUAUCCUGGAGCGUGGGGAGUAUUCCCGAUGGGAGGCCUGGAGUGGGAGUAACUCCUACCACGUGGAGUGGAUGAUGUCCUUCAGGCCCGUCUACUGUGCGAACCAUUCUGCCUCCCGUAUGGAAAUCUAUGAGCGGGAGAACUUCAUGGGAGAGCACGCAGAUGUAUGUGAGGAUUACCCUUCACUACAGGCCAUGGGCUGGUGUAACAGCAACGUGGGAUCCAUGUUUGUAAAGAGUGGGGCUUGGGUGUGUUACCAGUUUCCGGGUUACCGUGGUUACCAGUACAUUAUGGAAUACGAUCGACAUGCCGGAGAGUUCAAACACUGGAGGCAAUGGGGAUCGCACAGUCAGACUCCACAAAUCCAAUCCAUACGCAGGGUCAUACACUGAGUGCUGUCAGCCAAUCCGCUGCUUUUAAAUUCAGCUCAAUAAAAAGGUGGUUUCUUAUCA